CGGAUACCCCAUUGCCGGCCCACUGCGCGAGAGAGAUUUUGGUGCGACUACAGAGUCCCAAUCCUAUACCCCGGCCCCAAAACUCUUCUCUGCUACCAGUAACCGUUCCUUCCGCCGGAAUCGAUUUUGUGAGGGGGCGAGUUCCGCCACCGUGGGCGUAUCAAUAUCGGCGAACGCUCGAGUUCUCGCGGCGAAAAACAACGCGUUCUGCGAGGAUUCCGUGGUGAAAGACCGGGUCCUUUUUUCUGCGGAUUCCAGCUGCCAAACAGAGAUGUCGGCUCUCCUCGACCUACUGAUGGGGAUCUUCCGCCAGCAGACCCUCGGCGGCGCCGCCCUGGAGCUGGCCGCGCUGGCGGCGCCCCUCUGGCUUGCCGCGCUCGUUGGCCUCCUCAUCGGGUGGGCGUGGCGCCCGAGGUGGGCGGGGGUCGUCGUCGGCGACCACAACGCCCAGCAGGCGGCGCAGCUCCCUCCGCCGCCCGCCGCUGCCGCGGUGGUCCCUCGCAACGAGGCGCCCGCCGUCGUAACGAGAACUGUGGUGGCUCCUGCGGCGCCCGAGGACGAGCAGCUGGCGGUGAACACCCGUGACUUGAUGCACCUCUGGCGGCUCGUCCAGGAGAAGGACGGUGGCCCGUCGUGGAUCCACAUGAUGGACCGCACCUUGCCGACCAUGAGGUACCAAGCCUGGCGGAGAGACCCACCGAAUGGUCCACCACAGUACCGCAGUAGCACUAUCUUUGAGGAUGCAUCACCAGAGGUUGUGAGAGAUUUCUUCUGGGACGACGAGUUCCGGGUGAAGAACAGCUGGGAUGACAUGCUUCUUCAGUACGAGACACUGGAACAGUGCGCCAAGACUGGAACCAUGGUUGUCCGGUGGGUCAGGAAGUUCCCGUUCUUCUGCAGCGACAGGGAGUACAUCAUAGGCCGCAGGAUAUGGGCAUCUGGGAAGACGUUUUACUGUGUGACCAAGGGCGUGCCUCGUCCCUCUGUUCCAAGACAAAACAAACCUCGUCGUGUGGACUUGUACUACUCGAGCUGGUGCAUCCGUCCAGUUGAAUCAAGAAAAGGCGACGGUGCAAUGACUGCAUGUGAGGUGCUCUUAUUCCACCAUGAAGAUAUGGGGAUCCCAUGGGAGAUUGCGAAGCUCGGUGUCCGGCAGGGGAUGUGGGGCUGCGUCAAGAGGAUAGAGCCUGGCCUUCGGGCAUACCAGGUUGCGAGGACUGCUGGAGAGCCUAUCUCAAAACAUGCCGCCAUGGCGCAUGUUACCACCAGGUUCGAUGCCGACGAGCUCGUCACGGAAGACAGCGCGGAGGCCAGUUCAUCCAGUGACAACAACAAGACCGCCGAGGUUGAGAAGCCAAAGCACUGGACAAACAACAUACCCAAGGUUCUCAUGAUCGGCGGCGCCGUCGCCCUGGCUUGCACCUUCGACGGUGGAUUGAUGACCAAGGCCGCCAUAUUCGGCACGGCGAGGAGGUUUGCAGGGCCAGGAAGGCGGUAGGUGGAUGGAGCUGGUCACCCUAGAGCAAUGCCAUGCUAAUCAUGUGUAGCAAAGCGUUGGUUGGAUGGAUGCCUGGAAGUGCCCUAAGCAGUCCUUUUUGUAGCAAUGCACUGCAGAGGACAGAAUGCCUUGUCUAGUUGCUCAGUCUAGAC